GUGACGUAGCGGGGCGGGGUGGAAAGAUGGCGGAAGUGCGUCCCUGAGUUGCAGCAGGAGAGAGCAGAGGCACACAGAAGUGACGAGUGUGUGAUUGGGUGCGAGCGAGUGAAAAGCUCGGAUAGUGAUAGAAACAGAGCGUGCGGAGGAGCACAGCCUUUCCUGGGGAGAGUCUCUUCCAGCCCCCUGCCAUGAUGGUCCCCCGCCGGAAAUCCACCAAGCCCCAGUGCGCAGGAGGGCCGGCCGACAUGCGAAAGCAGGAGGAGCCCAAGGACUACAUCAACGAACUCUCCCACGAGGUGCUCUGCCACAUAUUUAAGUACCUGCCUCUGCUGGAUAUCAUGUGCAUGGAGUGCUUGUCUCGGAAGCUGCGGGAGGCGGUUAUGCUGUACCUGCGGGUGAUGAAGGUGGUGGACCUGUGUGCCGGGCGCUGGUGGGAGUACAUGCCCUCAGGCUUCACAGACUCCAGCUUCCUGAUGCUGCUGAAGAAGAUGCCAGACCUGGAGCAGCUGUACGGCCUGCACCCCCGAUACCUGGAGCGACGACGGGUUCGAGGACACGAGGCGUUCAGCAUCCCCGGAGUCCUGGAGGCUCUGCAGACCUGCCCCACACUGCUGGGAGUAGAGACCUCCCACUUGGAGCUGGUGGAGGCCAUCUGGAACUACAUGCCUCAGGUGCACAUUCUGGGAAAAUUCAGGAACCGGAACGGGGCGUUUCCGAUUCCUCCGGAAAACAAGCUCACCAUUCCCAUCGGUGCCAAGAUCCAGACUCUCCACCUCGUAGGAGUGAAUGUGCCAGAGAUCCCCUGUGUUCCUUUGCUGAGACACCUCUAUCUGAAGUGGGUCCGCCUCACCAAGCCCCAGCCCUUCAAGGACUUCCUCUGCAUCAGCCUGCGCACCUUCGUCAUGAGGAACUGUGCAGGCCCCACUAACUCCCUGAAGUACGUGCCCCUGGUGACGGGCCUGGCCUCGGCGAGGAACCUGGAGCAGCUGGAGCUGGUGAGGGUGCCCUUCCUGGGGGGGCUGAUUCAGCAUGUGGUGGAGGACAGCUGGAGAUCAGGAGGGUUCCGGAACCUGCAUACCAUUGUGUUCGGAGCCUGUAAGAAUGCACUUGAAGUUGACCUGGGCUACCUCAUCAUUACUGCUGCCCGAAGGCUGCAUGAAGUCCGAAUCCAGCCUUCCCUCACCAAAGACGGGGUGUUCUCUGCGUUGAAGAUGGCUGAGCUGGAGUUCCCCCAGUUUGAGACUCUGCAUUUGGGAUACGUCGAUGAGUUUCUGUUACAGUGUAAAAUGAGCCAUUCUGACCUAGUGAAGUACGGCUUGGCAGACGUGACAGAGAACCCUGGCAUCAUCACAGACAUAGGAAUGAAAGCAGUCAACGAGGUCUUCACCUCUAUCAAGUACCUCGGCAUCUACAACUGCCCCCACCUCCACACCCCACACACCUGGAUCACAGAUCACUCCCGCUGGAGCCGGCUGGUGGACCUCACCCUGGUGCGCUGCCAUGCCAUUAAACUGGAAUCCUUCAGCCAAUUCAUCGAGACACUGCCCAGCCUGGAGUUCAUCUCCCUGGACCAGAUGUUCAGGGAGCCGCCCAAGGGCUGUGCCCGCGUGGGUUUGAGUGCCGGCACAGGGAUCGGAGUCUCCUCGGCUCUCGUCAGCAACCAGAACUCCAACAACAACGACAACAACAACAACAACCAUCAGAACAACAACGGCAACAUUGCGCCGCCCGGGAACGACGAGCCAAGAGAGGAGGAGGGUGCCCCCGAGCAGCAGCUCCACGCCGAGGAGCUCAAUGGCAUGGAGGAAGCCGUGCAGGAGAACAUGGAAGCCGAGGCAGGGGUUGUAGCAGGCAGUCCACAGGACACCCCGGGACCCACACAGGCUGUCAAACCCAUGGAGGUGGACGAGGAACAAGCAGGCCCCAGUGGAGUGCAGCCCGCAGUGAAGAAGCUGCCCAUAGUGGUGCCCGAUUCAGACAGUGAAGACGAGGAGGACGGGGAGAGGCCAGCCGGCACUGAGGAGCGGGCGGCUUCAGGAUACACUGAGGAGCCAGGGAAAUACAGCAGUAAAGGGAAGACCCCCCUGCGGCGACGAGGGGCCCCCGUUCUGGAGCAGUGCUGUGAGAAGGGCUGCCAGGUGACCAGCGAGCAAAUCAAGGCCGACAUGAAGGCUGCUGUCGAGACCCCCGAGCGGGGAGGCAGGGGGGCGAAUUCAAACAUGGGUCGCACGGGGGACGGGCGAUGCACGUGCUCCAUGCGCUGGAGGGAUGCCUCUGCUGCUAGUCGAGUGCAGCCAGGGGCAGGAGGCAGCAACGAGGGAGUGGUGCGCUGCACUUGCAGCAGGACUCGGCCCACUGUAGAGGGCAGGACUCGAGCCGGCGCAAACGAGCCUCCUGGCUGCAUGGCCAGAGAGCAGGGGACAGGCCCUGGAACACUGCCCGGGGGGGCCAAUGAGACCCCUCCCAGGACUCAAGGUGGUCCAGUGCCGCAGGGCAGCAGUAGGACUAGUAGGCACUCCUCUGAGGAAGGGGCAGGGGGCAGGGGGCAGGACAGGAGGCUGUGCGAUGGUUACCCACACCGACCCGUCACCAGAGCCAGGAGCAGGCUGUCCCUCGUGCCUCUGGUCUCCGAGACAGAGCUCUCCAAACCAAAGCCGCGGGCCUCUGUGAAACGGAAACGAACCGCAGACAAAUCCACGAGCACCAGCGACCCUGUCACUGAGGACGACCAUGUGCAGGUGCUGACUCUAAAAUCCAAAAACCUGGUGGGGAUCACGUUAACAAACUGCGGAAUAACGGACUUAGUGUUGAAAGACUGCCCCAAAAUGAUGUUCAUUCACGCUACCAGGUGCCGCGUGCUGAAGCACCUGAGGAUAGAGAAUGCCCCCAUUGUGAACCGCUUUGAUUACGCACAGUGCAAAAAGCUGAACAUGGAUCAGGUGCUGGACCAGAUACUGCGCAUGCCCCCCGAGAGGAACCGCAUCAUCUACCUGCGCCCCAUGCAGCAGGUGGACACGCUAGCCUUGGAGAAGAAGAUCUUCUGCGGACCCUAUCCCUACCACGUGUGCAUCAUCCACGAGUUCAGCAACCCCCCCAACGUGAGGAACAAGGUGCGCAUCCGCAGCUGGAUGGACACCAUCGCCAACAUCAACCAAGAGCUCAUCAAGUACGAGUUUUUUCCAGAAGCCUCCCGGACGGAGGAGGAUGUAAAGAGGCACCCGCACUACCCCUGGGGGCGGGACAUCUACACUCUGGAGGGUGAGAUGGUGGACGGUGCCCCCUACUCGAUGAUCACAGACUUCCCGUGGCUACGAUCGCUUCGCACUGCAGAGCCCAACAGCUACGCACGAUAUGACUUCGAGGAUGACGAGAGCACCACCAUCUACGCCCCGCGGCGGAAGGGCCAGCUGUCUGCAGAUAUCUGCAUGGAGACAAUCGGGGAGGAGAUCUCGGAGGUGCGGCAGAGCAGGCGGGGCGUGUUCCAGAGAGUGGUAGCCAUCUUCAUCCACUACUGUGACGUGCGGGGCGAGCCGGUGGAGGACGAUUACAUAUAGCCAGCUGCAGGACCCUCCGAGAGCGGGGGAAGACUUGCCGAGGACACCACCCCCCUACCCAGUCAGUGGAGCGUCUCUACAAAGCUAAACAAAGGGAACACACACAUACACACACACACACACACACCCGAGUAUCUAAUGCUGCUCUUCACAGUCACACCUGCACGUGUUUCAACCGCCUUCCUGAGGUACUUUUCUAUCUACAGCAAUGGUGUGCUCAAGUCUGCCUUCCCCUUCACCCCCUGCUAAAACUGGGUUGUGCCUGCAUGCUUUCUGAAUGAAGCGUGCCCUACGAAGGCAUUGGCCUUGUUGCGUUGUUCAGGAAACAGCGCAUGCGUGUGUGCAUGCAUGCAUCCAAACAAGAAGAGUGAGUGUGUGGAUUAUGCUGCUUUUAAUGUGUAUGGAAAAUGCUGCUCAGUGGUUCUGCUGAAGAGGACAGGAUAGUGAUGUACGGUGAAUGCACUGCUGUUGUAGAUUGAAACUUGUGGAGCAGCGCACUUUCCUAAGAGCAGGGGACAUAGAGCAGGAGGCCAAUACAGUGUUGCUAUGGGAUGUCUGAAUGUGAGAGUGACGACAUGUUGUUUUCUUGCCUCCUACCUCUGGUGCUCACAGAUCGAGUCAAGCUUUCGAAAAGCACCCAGUUCCAGUGCUAGGAGCACACGAGCCUCAGAUCUUCCAGUGUCUCUGCUUGUUGUGAUGAUUUACUGUCAACCUGCAUGUUUCACUGGGGUUUAAAGUUGCGUGUUUUUUUUUUUUUUUGUUGUUGUUGUUGUUGUUGUUUUUUUGUUAUUGAGUGCUUUACUGUUUUUCAUGUCCCUUUUCUUUUCAGACAGGAAGGUGAUGUCAGACCUCCCCUUUAAACCCCAGCCCUGUAAAGUCCUUCACUCGAAUGCUUGUCCCAGUGACCCCUAGAUUUCACUGUAGAAACCAGUGAGAGCACUGCCUAGAACCGGGUCCAGGUGACAUCCCCUUCCAGCCUGGAAACGAAGGUUAUGUCUGAGUGGAGAGAGAGUAAAAAAUGAUGUGUGUGUGUGUGAUUAGCAGCACAUAAAACAUCACAAUAAAGUCAAGGCAUUAAUGAAUGAUGAUAAUACAAAUGAAAAAGCCAUUAACUUUUCUGUGCUUCUUGCUCGUAAGCAUCUAACUAUGCCUGGGUGUGACUCAUCCCCUUCAGCCCCCAGUCACAGCUAGGCUGCUGGGAGACAGUCUCCCUUGCCCCCCCCCCCUUUCCCCCCCACUGACCACUUAAGCUGCACAGAUAUACAGAUAUAUGCAUUAUGACUAGCCGCUGGGAUUUUGUAUUAUUUUUUGCUCUUGUACGUUUUAUAAGAAAAAAUACAUAAACGAUUUGAGUUAUUGAUAAAAAGGAGAAGAAAAUGAAUGAAUGAGUGAGGAAAUGCGUCUUGAUUGUACUUGUUAGCCUGACUUGCGAGCAGAUAACUCCUCUUAGUGUUCUUCUAGUAGGGACGACAGUUUACCUUCAGCCUUUGAGAUCAGAGGCAUCAUUUACUCCUCGUUUCUGUACCUUUUUUUUCUUUAAAACUAGAAAGUGUUUUUUUUUUUUUUUUUUUCCCCCCCCACCUAGCGCUUGGGAAAGACGUCAUCCCCAGAAGGUGAUUUUUCCAGUUUAUAAUGGGGAAGUAACCUUCGUGAUGAUAAUGACAUGCCCAGGGUGACUGGGACAUUAUUGAGGUCCAGCUGCAUUUACUGCUAGUUAACCACACGCUCCUGCUUGCCUUGUCUGAGUGCAUCGAGAGAGACCCUCUGAUUGGGUCAUUGUUCUCUAUAGAGACUUCAGAAGAAGCGACCACGGGAAUGAGAACAUAGCGGGCUUGGCUGUGCUCUUCUCAUGAGGUCAGGCACGUGGACGCACACACUAAAAGAGAGCUUUCUGUACACUUGCAGCCCAGCAAACUGCUCAAGAUCAUUCAGAGACCACCUGUCUGUCACCAGAACUUAGAACAGACCCACAAGGCUACGGUCGAGUAGAACUGACCUGGAUCAGGUACCGACUUGGGGGGAGUGUGUGCUCAGAACUCCUGGUGUCUCUGUCCCUCUCAGCCGUGAAACUGGAGAAGCAGCAGCAGAGCAGUCCAAGGAAAAAGAAGGGGCUCCUGAAAAUAUUGUCCAGUUAACAGUGAAAUAAAUGAUAAUGCUAUAUAUCUGCAGGCCCUGGUUCAGAGGAUUUAGAUCAUUCCGGUGAAGGUUCUAAGCAGGACACAGAAGGGGCUUGCAGACUGAAGAAUUGUUCUAUUGCACAGUGAGGUUUCUUGUUUCGG